AUGGGAGAACCCGACGACCCCUCUAUACGCAGCUUCAAGUCUAAGGCAGCAUCUGCACUUGGCUUGGGACGCAAGAAAGACACUCAGACAGACGUCCUUCCGACCCACAACCCCCACACGACCGCCCAUCCUGGCCUAGGUGGCAGCAACCCGCCGCGUAGUGCGCCCGGCACCACCAACAGCGACCACAGCGACCAUCAUGAGAAGCCCGUCGCGCCAGACGACAAUUCCACAGAUGUCCAACAUGGCAGCGUCAAUACCGCGGCUGAUGGAGAGACGCCUUCCGCCAUAGGAUCCGAGAAGCGUCCGUUCUAUUCGCCUACGCGUGUCAAGAACGGGACCCUCCGAUUCAUCACCCAUACCAAGAAUGCCCUUACCCACAGCUGGAUCAACGUCCUGCUCGUCUUCGUGCCUCUUGGUAUCGUAGUCAAGCUUGUAGACUUGAAGCCCGAGAUUGUCUUCUCUAUGAAUGCCAUCGCCAUCAUUCCACUGGCUGGCCUGCUCGCGCACGCGACCGAAGUCGUCGCUGCCCGUGUUGGAGAUGCGCUCGGUGCAUUGCUCAAUGUAUCCUUCGGAAACGCUGUCGAGUUGAUUCUCUUCAUCAUCUUGCUCGCCUCUGACCAAAUCGAGGUUGUGCAGGCGUCGCUGCUUGGAUCUAUUCUUGCUAACCUCCUUCUCAUCCUGGGCAUGGCCUUCCUACUUGGUGGUCUCAAAUACCAAGAGCAGGUUUACAACAACACUGUCACCCAGAUGAGUGGUGUCAUGCUGGCUCUUGCCGUAAUGAGUCUUCUUUUGCCCACGGCGUUCCAUGCUGCUUUCGAAGACAACUCUAUUGCUGACCACGAGACGCUAUCCGUCAGUCGUGGUACCAGUGUUAUUCUGUUGCUGGUCUACGGUCUUUACCUUCUCUUCCAGCUCAAGAGUCAUCGUUAUCUUUAUGCUAGCACACCCCAACACAUCAUUGACGAAGAAUCGCACCCUGGUGUUCUUGCUGGCGCAUUCGACUCGUCCAGCUCAGACUCUUCAUCCAGCUCUAGUAGCAGCGAUAGCGAUAGUUCUUCAAACAACUCUGAUGGUACCAUGAAGAAGAAGGCCAAACGCAUGGUCAAGAGACUUCGCCGCAAAUCCAGCGCUAGCUCUAAAGACGAUGGUGCGCUUUCGGCCAUGAGCUCCCCCUCUGCCGAACUGAAUCAAAGUCCUUUCGAGACUGAAAGGACUAGCAGCGUUGUCACCGCGAACAAUGCUGGUCCCAUCACCUCUCGCCGGCACUCCUUCGACGUCAUGAGUGGCGACGAAGCUGACAACGAUCAAUACGUCCCGGUGGUCCGCGACUUUGAAGCCGCUUCUCACACCUCACGAUCCCUGACGAAGAAGGAAAAACGUAAGAACAAGAAGAGCAAGAAGGACCGUCGUGAUCGUAACAAGAUCGACACCAUUCCUGAGAAGGAGGUCGAACCAAAUGAUCCCACGCCCAAGGUCACCUUUGCUGAAGAAGUACAACAUGACAGUGCUGCUCCAAUGAACGCGCGCAAAUACAACCGCCCAGCUCUCCCCUCGCUGCUUUCCAACAAUGUUUUCUCGAACCCUCAGAAUCUUGCUCCACUUGGCGGACCCGCGCCUAACAUCCGUAUGGCAGCACCUCGAGACAACGCGGCUUUACGUGCACCUCUUCGUCGAUCAAAGUCUCUUCCUGAACAAAUCGGUCGCGCCGACUCCACUGGUAGCGCAGUCAAGCAUCCUGCCGUAUCUCCCCAGGCCGCCAUGGCACUCAACGAGGAUGAUGAAGACGAAGAAGCACCUGACAUGUCUAUCAAAGCGGCUAUCUUCAUGCUUUUGAUCAGUACGGGUCUCGUUGCUGUUUGUGCCGACUUUAUGAGUGACGCUAUCGAGCCCAUGGUCGAGACCUCUGGUAUCAGCCAAGCAUUCAUUGGUCUCAUUAUCCUUCCUAUUGUGGGCAACGCCGCAGAGCACGUCACAGCUGUUACAGUCGCCAUGAAGAACAAGAUGGAUCUCUCUAUCGGUAUUGCUGUUGGUUCUUCUAUUCAGAUCGCCAUCUUUAUCACCCCUGUUAUUGUCAUCCUUGGCUGGAUCAUGGGAAAGGAGAUGACACUGUACUUCAACAUUUUCGAGACUGUUGCACUAUUCGUUACCGUAUUGGUAGUGAACUUUUUGGUGUUGGACGGUCGCAGUAACUACCUUGAGGGUAGCCUACUGAUUGCUGCCUAUAUUAUCAUCGCGCUGGCCAGUUUCUUCUACCCUGAUGGUUGCGAUGCUAGUGCUAUCGGUGACGAGAACCGUCCCGUGUGCGGACAAUGCACGAAGCGUGGUCUCGAAUGUGAAGGGCCAAAAGACCUAACCUGGAUCGAUCAGAGUAGGACAUUCGAAGCCAAACCAACAAACACAGCCCAGAAUGCUGUCGUCAAGAUAGCUAGUCCGACUGAGCUAUCUCUUAAAGCCUUUGAAGAUGAUAUCUGCUUGGCGUACACUCGCAAGACCUUACUGCGCGGAGGACCUGUCGAAAUAGCUUGCAACAUGGUUGAGAGCUAUGGCGCAUCUAUAGAAAGCGACAACCCAGGUCUUGAUCUGUUGCGCAAAGGGAUAUUAACCUUGUCUGUUACAUUUUUCGGAAGCCAACAUCGCCAGGACUACAUCACAAAAAAAGGUUAUUCCCAGUACAGUGAGGUACUGCGGCAGCUGAAUUCGCAUCUUUCUCACCCGGAGCUGCAGUUGACAAACGAAACUCUACUGACAGCAUUGUCUUGUAUGCUUCUCGAGAUCUUCUUGCCGACUGGACCGAAGAACUUUUUGAAGCACCAGCGAGGCCUCGAUGCCAUCGCGAUGCUACGGGGCCCACCGAAAGAGUCCGAUGGUACUACGGCAACGAUUUUUCGCGGCUUGCGCAUUCUCUCUAUUGUUGGUUCGCUGGCGGAGUCUAGGACUUCUCUGUACUCCAGAGAAGAAUGGAAGCAGGUUCCGCCUGUCCAGGCAAGCGAGGCAGGAUACUUUCAGCAUCACGUUUUCACCAUUCUGGCCGAUUGUACCCGUCUAAUUGGCCGUCGCAAUGCCCUGCUUGCUUCUAAAGCCAUACCCGCCAGUUUCGAACCGUUACUUGUCGAGGUGGAGGCUGUAUUGAGCGCGCUGGAGGCGCUGUAUCCGCACUGGGAGGUUUUAAAUCGAAAUCAGCUAGCUGGAGUGACAGAGCAGUCAGACAUGGCGAAGACACUAGGGGUGGCCAAUCAUGUCUCUGCAACGGCAUAUAUGCUCUACAACACUGCAUACAUAUGCGUGCUUCAAAUCAAGGAUUCGUUGUCUCCGUCGCCGAUUAAUGUUGCAUGGCGAAACGCUGCGGCGACGAGCAUCGCCAAAUGCUUGGAACUGAAAGAAUAUGAACAGCGCGAGGGUGCACCGCAAUCGAACACCAUAGCCUACGUGGCUAUAAGAGUGGCAUGGCAAGCGUUGGGCGGUUUCGACUCACCGGAAGGACGACGCUUAGCACAUGUUGUCGAUUCUGCGACGAAUUCGGUCUUCCAGCAGCCAUCUCUGCCAUCGGAUGAGUCGCUCUUUUCUAGAUUUGUCGAAAGGAUGCCGGUCGUGCUACCCGACUGCACGUCGUACCCCAAUGAGCAGUAUGAUACAUGGUCUGAAGGCCCGCCAGGCAUCAUUGAAUUCAGCAUGCAACAGUUGGUCAUACAUCCCCGAUUCUAA